CGCGCUCUCUGUUGUCCGGGGGAGUGUUUUUGUUGUGACACAGGGGUGGAAGGUGAAGGGGAACAUGGCAGCCGGUUUCGGUGCUAAACGUGGAUUGUUACGCAGCGAACCGUCGCUGUACCGCGCUCUCCGCAGACACGUCCCCCCCGGCAGGGCUCGUACCCGGGCAGCAGCGAGCAGCGCGGCCGCGGACUCACAAGCGUACUGCCUGCAGCUGGUCAGGUCCAGAGACUAUGACGGCUACGUGUCCUCCCUCCUCCUCCCAGAGGAGGCGCGGCGCUCCUCUUUGGCCCUGAGAGCCUUCAACGUGGAGCUGGCACAGGUGAAGGACUCCGUCUCCCAGAAGACCAUCGGCCUGAUGCGAAUGCAGUUCUGGAAGACGGCCGUGGAGGACAUCUACAGAGACGAGCCUCCCAAGCAGCCGGUCAGCGGCGAGCUGUGGCGGGCGGUGAGGAAGCAUGAGCUGACAAAAAGGUGGCUGCUGAGGAUCAUAACGGAGAGGGAGAAGGAUCUGGAUGACCGAGCCUACAGGAACCUGCAGGAGCUGGAGACGUACUCGGAGAACACGCAGUCCUCGCUCAUCUACCUGCUGCUCCAGUGUUUGGGGCUGAAGAACGUCCACGCCGACCACGCGGCGAGUCACAUCGGUAAAGCUCAGGGCAUCGUGACGUGUCUGAGGGCGACGCCGUACCACAGCAGCCGCAGGAGGGUCUACCUCCCCAUGGACGUCUGCAUGCUGCACGGAGCUUCUCAAGAGGACUUCAUCCGAGGGGGGCGGGAGCAGAGCGUCCGUGACGUGGUGUACGACGUCGCCAGUCAGGCUCACGUGCACCUGGAACACGCCAGAUCGUUCAGCAACAACGUCCCACCAGCUGCCAAUCUGGCCUUCCUCCAGACGGUGGUGUUGGAGGACUACCUGCAGCGAGUGAGGAGGGCCGACUUUGACGUUUUCCACCCGAGUCUGAGGAACAGAAACCCCCUCGUGCCCCUCAGGAUGUACCUCCGCUCCUGGAAGAAGACCUACUGAGACCCCUCCUCCUCUUCCUCCUCUUCCUCCUCCUCCAGCUGAUGUUCUGAACAUUAGAGACGUUGUGAAGCCUCCAGAAGGUCCAGGUAGCGAUCUGGACUCGCUUUGAACUUUUUAAAUAAAAACCACGAACCCCUCCGGCUCUCA